AUGGACGACCUCGCUAGUGUUUGCAGCACCAGCACGGCGGCCGCGCCCAUCGACCCGGCGGAGUACUGGCGACAGUACAACGCUGUGCAGCUUAAAGAGAAGCACUGGGCUAACGAAUCGGAUGACACCGACGCGGAGUCCUGGCGCGACAAGGACGGCUCGUGGGGCGUGUCCGGCGCCACCGGGUACGGCGCCUCGUGGGGCGCCGCCAACAGCUCAGGUUGGGGCUCUUCUGCCACUCCCGCCGCCGCGCCAGGGCCGGCGCUGGCCGCAAGUCAAGCAGCAGCAGCAGCAGCAGCAGCAGGUGCAUCAGGGACGGGUGCAGCAGCAACGGCAGCGGCAGGAGCAGUGACGGCGGCCGAGGCGAAGAAAAAAAAGGCGGCGAAAAAAGCACCUGCCGCAGGGGCGUCCUCCCCCACUGCCGCAGCAGCGGCCGCGCAGAAGAAACAGCCGCUGGCGAAACCCGGAAGCCCCGCGCCCGCCGCAACAAAGAAAAAGAAGAAGAAAGACGUCGUGGGCCCUGGUGUGGCAGCUGUGUCGCCGGGUGGCGCCCUCGCCGGGUACACCGUCAGCGGUUACAAACCGCCAUCGGUGGUAACCACCUCGAAGCCCGCGGGGAGCACGAGCUCUGCCCGCUCGGUGGCCGGGAGCAGCAGCGCGAUCCCCUGGUGGGCCUCGCUGGGCGGCGCUCCUGCCGCAACCGGCGGCGGCAGCAGUGCGCCUGGCAGCACAACCUCCGUGCCCGCAUCUCCGUCUUCCCGCGUUCCGCCAAUGGCGCCCCUUCCGCCAGCGGCUGCGCCACAACCACCUCCGCCUCAUCAACCCCCCUUCCCGCCCCACGCCCCCGCGCCUUUCACCUCCGCCGCCCCGCAUCUCCCCCAGCAGCCCCAACCCUACCCCCCUCCGCCACCUUCCGCGUUCCCUCAUUCCGCGGGGCCUUCCCAUCCUGGGGGGUAUGCGCCAUCCAUUCAGGGGCCCGCGCAUGGGCCAGCGGCGCAGCAGGCGGGGCGCGGGGCGGGGCAAGGCGGGGAAUGGUGGGAACGUGACGUUGCCGUUCAGACAGGGCCUGCCGGCCAUCGGCCUCCCUCGAACGCCAGCCUGCAGUCAAACGUUGGCCCACACCCAAACAUGGCCCCUCAGCCCAAUGCGCCCCAGCACGUGGCGGCGCCCCAGGCAGUGCGUGUGGUGUCCGCUGUGCCCCCCCUGCCGCCGCCGCAGGCGCAGUCGCGAGCGCCAUCCGCAGCAGGAUCAUGGCGAUCAGAGCCCGCUGCAGCAGCAGGCGCAGGCGCAGGAGGGGCAAAGGGAGCGGCUCAGGGAGCAGGGUUGCUGGUGGCGGCAGGAACUGGCGCGCAGCGUUGGGGGGGCAGCCAACCGCCACAGGCGCCGCGCACCCCCUCCGACUCGGGCUCGGACGCCAGCCGGUGGCGCGCCAAGGAGUCUGGCUCUGACGCCAGCCGGUACUCCGCGCCUGCCGGUCCUGCUGCUGGUGCUUCCGCGGGCACGGCGUGGGGUGCUAGCACGGCUGCACCUGGUACUGCGGGCGCUGGCUCCGACGCCAGGGGGUGGCGCGCCAAAGAGCCUGGCUCGGACGCCAGCAGGUACUCCGCGCCUGCUGCUCCUGCUCCUGCUCCUGCUCCUGCUCCUGCUGCUGCUGCUGCUGGCGCUGCCGCUGGUGGUUCCGCGGGGACAGCGUGGGGUGCUAGCACGGCUGCGCCUAGCACUGCUGGCUCUGGGUCCGACGCCAGCAGCUGGCACCGCAGGAACUUCACUACCUCGCACCCGACUCGUCUGCCUGCUAACGCGCCUGCUGCUGCUGCUGCCUCUGCGUGGGCUGCCACCCCUGCACCCGCAGGCGUCUCUGCCCCUGCCAGCACCGCGCCUGUCACCACUGCUGCGUAUUCAAGCGCAGCUGCUGGCGAUGCCGCUACGGCUGGGAGCAGUGGAGGCGCGGAGGGGCAGGUAGGUGGCAAGGUACCGAUUUACGAUGGGUGGGGCGAUAUCAUCGGGUGGAAGGACGCGCCUGCUGCUGCUGCUCCUGCCGCUGCUGCUACUGGUGCGGCUGCUGACGGGGCCACGGCUGGGGCUGCUGCUGCUGCUGCUGCUGCUGACGCUGGUGCUCAGGAGGCUGAGUAUGUGGAGGGGGAGUAUGGCGAGGGGGAGUACGGGGAAGGGGAGUAUGGAGAGGGGGAGUAUUGGGAGGGGGAGUAUGCGGAGGGGGAAUAUGCGGAGGGGGAAUACGCGGAAGGGGAGUAUACGGAGGGAGAGUAUAACGAGGGGGGUAACGCUGCUGGCGAUGGUUACGCCGAAGGGGGUUAUGGGGAUGGUGGGGGCGGCGGUGGCGGUGGCGGCGGUGGCGGUGCUGGCGGCGGUGAUGGUGGCGGAAACGAGGCGGAUAGCGCUUUGGAAGGAGGGAGGGCGGAAGAGGAUGGGGGGAAAUCAGGUGGGGCGAACGAAGAGGGAGGAGAGGGGGACGAUGAGUUUUGGGAUGCGGAGGAGGGAGAGUUGGAGGGCAGUGUGGGCAGUGGCAGCGGCGGCGAGGGGGCUGGCAAGGAGCCGAGGGGGCAGCAGGCGCAAUUUGGGAAGCAGGCGUCUUCCGCCCAGGCGGGGCCAGUGCAAGGAGCGGUGGGAGGUGAGAGUCAGAGCCUCACUUGGCAGCAGCAGCAGCUGCUGGGGAAGGAACCGCUUACCUGGCAGCAGCAGCAGCAGCAGCAGCAGCAGCAGCAGCAGGAGGAGGGAAAACUGCAGGAACCGCAGCAUCAGCAGCAGCAGUUUGCGAAACAGCCUCUUACGUGGCAGCAGCAGCAGCAGUCAAAGGAAACACUCACAUGGCAGCAGCAGCAGCAGCAGCAGUCAAAGGAAACACUCACAUGGCAGCAGCAGCAGCAGCAGCAGUCAAAGGAAACACUCACAUGGCAGCAGCAGCAGCAGCAGCAGCAGCCUCCCCAGCAGCAGUGGGGAGGCUCCUCGGCACAAGCCAAGGACAACGACUCUAUGAGCGAACUCAGCUCCGCUAGUGGCUACGUGCGCCCCAGGAGCACUGCUACUAACGAGGACGCUAGUGUAGUUAGUGCCGCCUGGUCCGACGCCAAGUCAGACCUCAACAGCCAAUGGGGCGACAGCGCCGGCGCCAGCUGGCAGGGCAGCAGCGGUGGGGGGGGCGCCAGUAGGGGUAGCGCCGGCUCGGCAUGGGGGACAGAUGGUGCGGGGUGGGGGGAUGCUGCGCCCAGCAGCGUCAGCAGCGACAGAGGCUCGGGCCGAACCUCUGGCAGGUACGUGCCGCCGAGCAAGCGGGUCGGCGGAAGGGGGCAGGGUGAGGCAGCAGGUGGGGGGACAAAGGGAGGGGUGGAGAGGAGCGGGGGGGUGGGGGCUUCCGCGUGGGAGAGGAGCAGUGGGGGCUUGAGCGCUGGUGGUGGUGGUGGCGGUAUUGCUGCUGGUGGCGAUGGUGCUACGUCCACGUGGGAGAGGAGCAGUGUGGGGUUGACCAGUGCUGCCGUGAGCGCUGCUGCUGCUGGUGGCACUGGCGGUGCUUCUGGUAGUGGUGGUGCGUCCGCGUGGGAGAGGAGCAGUGGCGGCUUCAGCCCUGCUGCUCUUGAUGCUGCUGCUGGUGGCGGUGGCAGUGGUGAUGGCUGGGGAGUGGGCGCAGCCAAGGGAGGGCCGGGCAAGAGUGGGGUGGAGUGGCGAAAGAGGGACAUCGUCUCGCCCACUCACUCGUCCACGUCCUCGCAUUUAGCUGCAGCUGCGGCGGCGAACGGGAGAGCAGGGGGUGCGGGAGGGGGUCCUGUGGUAGCCGGCAAGGGGGAAGGAUGGGGGGACGCGGUAGUAGGUGGAGGAUGGGGAGGGGCAACAGCAGGAGCGACAGCGUCAGGAGCAGCAGCAGCGCCACCACCAGGUGGCGGUGGUAGCGGCAGUGGUGGCGGUGGUGGUGGUGGUGGUGGUGGGAUGGGCAGCAGUGGGAACGCAGUGGCUGGAGCGAGUGGAGGGGGCGGGGGAGCAGUGGACAGCUGGAGGGCGUUUGGGCAGCAGAGGCAGGCGGAGCUGGGGGAGGGCGGAUCUGACGAGGACAUCUGGAAGCAGCAGGAGGAGGACGAGCGCCUCGCGCGCCAGUGGGGGGGCGCUGAUAGCACGGGCUGGGGGGGAGUGGCGGGCGGUGGCGGAAGCAAGGGCGCGGGGGGCAGUGGGGGCGGAAGCAAGGGUGCGGGGGCUGGCGGAAAGAAGGGUGCGGGGGCGGCCGGAGGCAAGGGCGCAGGCCGGGUGGCGGGAGGGGAACCGGGGUGGAGAGGCGCGGGGAACAAGUCGGGUCGAGGGGAGGCCGAGGCAGCCGCGGAAGGGAAGUGGAGGAGGGGUAGUGGCGGGGCGGAGGGGAAGGGCGGGGAGUGGAGGAAGAGCAAUGAGCAGGAGGCAAUGGUGCCUGCGGUGGUGCCUACUGUGGUGCCCAUUCCCCUGAUGCCACCCAUAGUGGCUCACAGGGAGGUAGACGGGUGGGAGGCGGGCAGCAGGGGCGACAGCAGCGCGUGGGAGACAGAGACCAACGCCUCUGCCGUCUCGUCCAUCAACAAGGGCCUGCGCGCCUGGCAGCACGUCGCUACAGCCUCAGCUGCAGCGUCAGGGAUAGCCCCGGCUGUAGCAUCGGCUGUAGCGCCGGGGAGCAUUGUAUCAGAGCGGUCAGCCACGGACAGCAUCCUCUAUGCUAUUGGGCUGAAGGCUGGUACCAGCGCUGAGACGAGUUUGACACCUGAGACUAGCGGUGCGGGUAACGCUGAUCGCAGCAGUGGGAGCGGCACUGGCAAGGUGCCUGGUAGCGAGGGCUUGAGAGCAGGCGCCCCCCCCUUCCCCGCUGCUGCCUCCGCCUCUUCCCUCCCUUCCCCCCUCAGCGCCGAUGCCAGCACGUACCUACGCGCGGAUGCGCCUUCAUUCAUCCGCGCCCAAGCACCCUCUUUCAUCAGCGCCCAGGCGCCCUCCUUCAUCCGCGCAUCCGCGCCCGAAUUCACCCCCUCGACCCCCUCCCCUCCCCCCGGCCACGUCCCCGCCCCCUCCACUGCCUCCGCCCCUGGGGCUCUCUCCCCUGCUCCACUGCACCCCACCUCCACGCCCACCUCCCCACCCACCUCCACUCCUUCCUCUUUCUACGCCCAAUCCCCUGCUUUUGCUGAUCCUUCCGGCCAAUCGUACGGCGACACGGGGGUUUCUUGGCCAGCUAUUGCCCCAUCCGCCGCCUUCCCAUCGCUCGUCCAACCUGGAUUGGCCUCUGCUGCCGUCCUGCCUCCCUCUGCUUUUGCUCACGGCCUCCCACCUGAUCCUGCUAUAGCGGGAGUGGGCAUGGGCAGUGGCAUGGGGAUGGGCAUGGGCGUGGGCUCGGGCGCUUGUAUUCCUGGCGAGUUUGGGUCUCUGCCAUGUGGCGGGCAGGGGUUGGAGGCCGGCAGUGCUGGCGGGAGCAUGGGGGGCCGCGUGGGGGCGAGUAUCGGGGAGAGUGGGGAGCAGGGCGGGGGUGGGGGCAGCAGGACGGAGGAGUGGGUGGGGACAGGCGGUAGCCUGGGCAGGAGUGGCGCUUCCAGCGCUGCGAGCGGUGCAACCCGUGCAAGCCGUGCAACCCCCUCCGUUGCAAGCUCUGCUAUCAGCGCUGCAAAGCAAGCAAGUGCCACACUCCCUGCCACAGCUGGGCAGAGAGCACAGAACCCCCAGCUCCCCACAGAGAUUGGCAGGGGGGUGAUGGCAUCACCAGGCGCAUCCUCCUGGGCUCAGUCUGGGUACGGCCCGCAGUCAGAGCUGCACUCCAGUGUGCUGCGCCUGCCUGCAGGGAGCGAGUACGUGCCCCCUGUGAGCGAGCUCGAUGUGGACUUCUCGGAUAGUGUGAGUAAUGCUGGGGCGGCUGAUCGGGCCCGCGCUGCUGCCGCUGCUCUUGCUGCUGCUGCUGGCAGUAGGGCGGCUGGUGGGAGUAGGUUCGGCACUGCUCCUGCUGCUGCUGCUCGUGCUGCUGGUGCUCCUGCUGCUGCUCCUGCUGCUGCUGCUGGUGCUGCUGCUACGCCCCCAGGGCAAGGCGUGGGCGGACUACUGGGUGAAAACGACGGCGAGGGCGACGAUGAAGUUGAGGAAGAGGAGGAAGAGGGCGCGGAGUCGGCAUUCGACUUGACCGCCGACUACAAGCACUCGCCCGCUGUCGCCCUCUUUUUUGUUGACCUCACGAAGCUGUCGGCCGACCAGAUCAAGGCAGACCAGUUCAAGUGCCCCGCGUGCAAUGGCGGCAAGGGCGAGACCUACUGGUGGCCGAGCAUCCGGGCUCUCCUGCAGCAUGCGGAGACUAUUAGAACGAGGAGGAUUGGAGCGCACCGCGCGUUUGCGGCUACGAUGCACGUGGAUUUGCGGGAGAGGGGGAUUUUCCAGGGGGGUGGGGGUGCGGGGAGGGAGGGGCAGGAGGGGGUGCUGCAGGGGCAGUGGCGGGGGGUGGGAGGGCGGAGGGCGGAGGAGGGGAACGCAACGGUGCUGUGGCCCCCCGUGGUGAUGAUCCGGAACACUCAACUGCGACUUGAUGAGGAUGGGAAGGUGUGUGCCGGUGGUGGAUGGAUGGUGAUGGCACUGAUUCUCUUGUUCUUCCCUCUCAUUCAUCCUCCCCUCUCACUCUUUUUUCCCUCUCUCAUUCUUCCCUCACUCUUUUUUCCCUCUCUCAUUCUUCCCUCACUCAUUUUUCCCUCUCAUUCUUCCCUCUCACUCAUUCUCCAUCUUGCUACUUCUCAUGCUGCUUUCACUCACACUCUUCCCUCUUUUCCCUCCGCCCCACUUCACACCACCCUUCUCCCCUUCUCCCCUUGCUCCCUUCUCUGGCAUCUCUGUGAAUCACUCCAAAUCCUGUCUCGAUUGCUCCAUGCCCCGCGCCCUCACACUGCCUGCCUUCCUCCACCCACCCCAUCCCAUCAGGGCCAUCGCGGCAUGAGCAUUCUGGUCUUCGACGCCACGCCAGACGGAUUCAAAGAAGCCGAGCGCCUGGCACAGCAAUUCGAGAAAGAGGGUCGCGGGCGGCUGGAGCUGGAACGGCGGUCGGCGCCUCUGGUGGACCGGUCGGGGAAGCGCAACCUGUUCGGGUACCUUGCCACCCAACAGGAUGUCGACAACUUCAACCGGUGCUUCCAAGGCAAGGCGGCACUGAAGGUGGAGGUGAAGAGGAGGAGGGAGGUGGUGGACGAGCCGCUGAGGCGCAUGCGCGAGCAGGCAAUGCAGGCCGGCAUGUACAAGUCUCAAGUGGUGGAGAUGUCGCACAAGUUGGUGGAGGUGAAGAUAGAGAAGCACCAGCUGCAGGAGCGGGUGGAGGAGGAGAAGGAGCGGCGGCAGCAGCUGGCGUCGGAGCUGGAGGGGGAGAAGCAGCAGCGGCAGCACCUGGAGAGCACGGUGCUCAAUGCGGCGAGGCUGAUGCAGAUGAAGGAGGAGGAGGUGCAGGCCGUGGUGGCGCGCCACAAGAAGCUGGCAGCGCAGCACAAGGAAGAGGUGGCGAGUUUGGAGGAAGCAUAUGCGCGGAGCCUGGAGGAGAGGGAGAAGAGCAGGAGGGCGGUGGAGGAGAGGGAGGCGGAUCUGGAGUGGCGGGGCAAGGUGGCCAACGAGCAGCAUGUUGCUGCCGCCCGCACGCUGCAGCGCCAACUGUCCAGCUCGUCCGAGCUCAGUGACGACCACAGCAGCGCUCUGCGGGGCAGCCUGCACGCUGCUGCUGUGUUCCAAGCGGGGUUAGCCCAGCUGAAGCAGCAGCAGCACGAGAAGCUGCUGCAGUUCCGCCAGGGGGUGAAGCAGGCGGAGUUGGCGCUGCUGCAGCAGCUGGAGGAGGAGAGGGUGAGAUUCGUGGAGGAGUGUGAGGCGCUGAGGGAGGAGAGCGAGGCAACAUUGGAUCAGAUUGAAUGCCGCGGGGUGGGGAAGGCUGGCAGGCGGAUGGGAGGUGGGGGUCGGGAGGGGAGUGGGAGUGAGGUGGGGGGAGGGUGGUCCGGGAGUGAGGCUGGGCGAGGUGAGGAAGGGAGUGAGGUGGGGAGGGGGAAUGUGGUGAGUGUGAUUGAUGGAGGGGAGGGAGGGGAGGGGGCAGGGAGUGUCGAGGGUGAAGGAGUGUUGGAUGGAGAGAAAGGGGGGGAGCAAGAAGAGGAAGUGAAGGAGAGCGAGGAGCAGGGGGUAGACGUGUGUGAGGAGCAGGGAGAGAAGGAAUGGAGUGGAGAUGUUGCAGGGGAGGAGGAGGAGGAGGAGAAAGAGGUGGUUCGUGGAAGGGGAGAGGAGGGAAGAGAGGAGGAAGGGGUGGAGGGAGGGGAGGAGGAAGGGGCAGAAAAAGGAGGGAAGGUAGAAGAGGAGGUAGCUGUGGAAGGAGGUAAGGAGGGAGUGGAGGAAAAGAAGGAGAGGGGGAGGGAAGAAGAGGAGAAGCAGGUGGAAGAAGAGGAUAAAUGGGUGGAGGAACGAGGGAAGGAAGGAGUGGAGGAAGGCAGAACAGAAGGAGUGGAGGAAGACGAGAAGGGUCAAGAGAAGGUAGGAGAGACAGGAGCGAUGGAAGGGGAGGAGGAAAUGGUGGGGGAAGGAGGGGAGGGAGGAGAUGCAGAAGUGGAGGCAGAAAGGGAGGUAGAAGGGGAAGCACAAGGGGAGGCAGAAGUAAAGGCAGAAGUAAAGGCAGAAGGGGAGGUAAAGGGAAAGGCACAGGGAGAGGCCGAAAGAGAGGCCGAAGGGGAGGCAAAGGGAGGGGCAGAGGGAGAGGCAGAAGGAGAGGCAGAGGGAGGGGCAGAGGGAGAGGCAGAGGGAGAGGCAGAAGGAGAGGCAGAAGGGGAAGCAAACGGAGAGGCAGAGGGAGAGGCAGAAGGAGAGGCGUCAAGUGAGGAAAGGAAUGGUGCAAGUGAGGGGGUGAAUGCGGAGGGGGGAGAGGGAGCAGUGGAAGAGGUGACUGAAGAGGGGUGUGAGGAAGCAGUUGAGAAGGUGAAUGAAGUGGGUGAGGGGCUAGUUGAAAAGGUGAAUGAAGGGGGGGAUGGAUCGGCUGAGAAGUUGGCUGAGGAGAGGGAAGAGAGAGUAGUUGAGGGGUUGAAUGAGGAGGGGGGCAAGGGAGUAAUCGAGAAGGCCAGUAACAGCACUGAGAUGUUUGAGGUUGACGGGUUGGAAGGGGAGGUGCAGAAGGGUGAGGUGCAGAAAGGUGAGGUGCAGGCGGGAGAGGUGCAGGAGGUUGGGGUGCAGGAGGGUGGGGUGCAGAAGACAGGUGAUGGUGGGCAUGGGAGUGGGGUGGAUGGAGGGUGCGAUGGAGAGGGGAUAGGGGAGGUGUCGCAGGUUUCAGAAUCGGCGGCGCACGUGAGCGAGGAGACGGAUGAGGGGCAGCAGCAGCGUGAUGGUGACGAGAAAAGUUCGAUGAAGACCACAAAGGAAAGCGCCACAGGUGAAGAAGCUGCUCAACUCCCCGCGACUCCAGUUUUCCAAAGCAGUGGUGCAGAGGAGAACGACGUGUACGGGCCAGAGUCGUUCUUCCUCCACUAA